AUGUACCGUACCAGUAGCGUGUCUUCCUCCAGCCGGUCCAAAGAGAGCAGUAGCUCGGGCUCGCGCAGUUCCCGCUCCGCUGCCUCCGGUUCGACGCGGGGCCGGAGCCCGCGCCGCUCACGCUCGCCUUCCCCGCGAGGCCGCCGAUACCGUUCGCCGUCCAGCAGCCGCUCUUCUCGCCGCUCGCCGUCCCCGCGCCGCAGUAGUCGGGUACGGUCUCCGUCCGUGGGGAGCCGGAACCGAGCCGGCUCAGAGCAGGCUUGCCCGGCAUACCGACCUAAGGACCGGGCCUUGGGAAUAUUAGUCCGCCCUCCCCUUUAUCCCCCCCCUCCCCACGGCCAUGGCAACGGCUCCCUGCCUGGCCGCUCGCUUUCUCGCCUGAGCCGCACACCGAAGUGGUGACAAACGGAGGAUAUAUCCCCUUUGGUCUCUUCCUGUCGUCACCUUUCCUGCAGGUUUCAGGAAAGGCGAAUCUUCCUUUCGCGCUCCCGAAGUGCACAAAGAUCUCUCACAUCGCUGGGCCAGGGCCUUAGCAACCUCUUGCAUCCCCCCAACAGUUGUACCUGCAAGCACAGUUUUGAUUAGGGGAGGACUAACACAAAGGCAUAGUUGUUCAGCCAAAGUUGGCGGGCUUCCCCCCCCCCCAAAAAAAAAGUCACGGAGGACGCAAUCCUAUGCACACUUACUUGGGAGUAAUUUAAUUUAGUAAGACGUCUCAGUAAGUUUAGAGCUGGCCUAAGAGGUUGCCUAAGGUGGAGGAGCAAGUGGUACACCUGCCCUCCGUUUAUGGUUCAUAAGGCUGGUUCAGUGAUUUUGGUAUCCAAGGCUGGUUCAGUGAUUUUGGAACAUGAGACAGAAAAUCCAGAAAAACCUCUUCCACCCCCCUUGCUGGCAGUAGGAAGAUAAUAACAAUAACAGACUACUACAAAUUCGCUGCCCUUCCAUUACCCUUAAAAGCAGUUGCCUAAGGCACACUCUUCAUUUCCUAAUGGUAGGGUUGCCCAACAUGUUUUUGGGAAUUUAUCUUAAGGUUCUUUGGUCAUUAUUCUCUCUUAGAAAAGCAGAGAAUGCUUGUGGGUUGUGGGAGCUUAGUUUUUUUGUGGAUUGAAUAGGAAUGUAGGACCAUGCUAAGUUUGAAACUAAACAUAGUAUAGGUACUUGAAAUAUAUUUCGGGAGAAAUCAGUAGGGUUAAUAAACAGGCUAGGUCAUACAGCAAAUUGCUAAAGUAACCUGUCCUUUGGAAAAUAAUAAUUGUGUCCAUUUUCAUAGGUGUAUAUGGGAAUAGGUAAGGUAAACAAAAAUAAAAUAAAAGGAGCAAUAUUUAUACAGGAAUGAAAAGCAGUUAAGCAGUUGUCCAUAUAUGAGGCUACAACACAAAUUACCUAUCUAGGAAAUAAGUCCCUCUACACAUAGUGGAGUCAUUCUGAGUAAAUAUGCACAUGAUGACACUGAUUGCAAUUGUAAUAGCUUUGGUUCCCAAAGUACUUCACUUAUCUUUUGGCUUUUGAUUUUCAGAAAUUCUGCUAGUUUGAAAAUCAUUUCAGCUAAGCAUCUGAGGAACAGUUUCUUAGAUGGGGAUAUUGAAAUAAAAUAGAUUAUUUAGGAAGUAUAAAUAUUUCAUAAUUGAUUUUUAAUGUUCUUAUUGUUUGUAGGUAUGAAACCCAAGUAAUCUUAAAUACUUAUGUCUAUUAGCCUUUGGCUUACCUCACAAUUCAUCUUUUAAUUUCUGCUCUACUGCUUUGCAGUUGUAACCUUAGAAGAGUUUUAGUAUAUUUGUUUUGAUUUAUAAUUUUACUAUGCUUGUUCCUAUAGCAGAAUAUAACACAAUCCUAAGCAUAUUGACUCAAAAAUAAGCCUCUUUAUAUUCAAUGGGAUUUGAUUUCUGAUAACUCUGUUUAGGAUUGCUGUUAGACAAAUUAAGUUUAUACAAUAAAAACUUUUUAUACCCCAUCUCUUAAAGCAGUACUAGAAAAUACUUAGCCGUUACUGAGGGAAAUAAAUCAGUUAUGUGGGCAGACAGCAAGAGUGUGUGUUUUUUUAGCCUAGCACGCAAUUUCUUGGAAAUUAAAGGUGGCAGUCUCCAGUGUUUUUCAAACUUGGAUCCCCAGCUGUUGUUGAACUACGACUCCCAUCAUUCCUGACCACUGGUCCUGCUAACUUAAGGUGAUAGGAGUUGUAAUCCAACAAUAGCUGGGGACUCAAGUUUGAGGAAAAACUGCUGUAAGCAGUGUGGGGCCAAAUCCUUUCCCAUCAUUAUAGAUUUUUUUUAACCCAUGGGCCACAUACACAUUUAACCAGACCUCCAGGGACCUCAUGCCAGUGGUGGAUGUGGCCAUCCCACGCUUCCAUACCCACAGUCACAUGUGCACACAGGGCACAUAGGCCCUUGGCCCUUAGCUGUUCCUCAAGCUGGCCCUCACAUUCCUCAGCCCAGCAGGGACCUCCCUGUUCAUCAAGUUAUCAGACUGAUGGCUGGGCAGGGAUUGAUUGGAUCGUCAUCAGGGCACUAGACCGUGUGUUUUUUUUUGUUUACUUCACCCACCCCAAUGUUAUGUCUCUCUUAUUUGCUCCCAAAAUUGGUAGGUUCUUUAGAGGGCCAGGGAAAUGAUUUGGGAGGCUUGAUUCAGCUUCCAGGCCAGGGGUUCGCUACCUCUGCUCUAAGGAAAAUAGUGCUGGGGGCACAGCACUGAUGUAAUAUGUAGAUCAAGAAAACUGAACAGAAUUGUGGGGACCUUUCAUUAAAGCUCCUAGAGUAUGAGUAAGAACCUGCUACUGGUCCUUUUUGAUCUUCUGGCUUAGAAUGAGCAGAGCUGCUUGUGAUCAGCCCAACCAAGUGAGCAGGAGCUUUCCCCAAAUAUUCAGUGGCAUAAAAAAAUAGUGAAAUUGUACAAUACUCAGGCAAGAUUCCUGGAAAUUAAUAGUACUGUAUAAAGAUUUUCCUGAAAAUCCAGACUGCUGACUUGCUGCCCAGUGUUCUGAAAGGGAAAGGUUGAAAACUUGUGAUAGCUGGGGAGUUGAAACCCAACUUAGAAGUGAACAGUAGCCUACUUGAGAGGGACAUAAGUCACUUCCAGGUUAGAUAAAGGAGCCCCAAACUGCAAUUAUGGUUUUAUUUCUGCUCAUGGCAUAAGUGAUACAUGGGUGGAGUUUAUAAAACUACCCAUAUAAAAUUGCAUAUUUAUAAACAUGAAUUCACCAGUAGUCAUAUACUGUGGCAAAGCAGUUAUGUGAGUUUUCUGGAUAAUUUUGAAUCAGAAUUUUUCAGUGCCUUAAAUUGAUUGGGAUUGGAUUUAGUUUAUUUGAAUUACAGUGGUACCUCCGGUUGUGCAUGGGAUCCGUUCCGGAGUUCUGGUCAGAUCCUGAGGAAUUUGCAGUCGGAGGUGCCUGUUCUGCACACGGUGCGGUAGAGCGCUUCUGCGCAUGGACGCGGCAAAACCCAGAAAAAUACUUCCGGCUUUGCCGCAUGCGUAACCCGAAGGAUACGCAACCAGAGGUGUAUGUAUCCAGAGGUACCACUGUAUUUGGUUUUUGGUUUUUAAUUAAGCCUUGUUUAUACAUGCAUGCUUGAGCACACAAAUCUACAAAUCAGUAGUUCUCAUGUGAGAGAGAAGAUGCUUUCCAGAGACAGUAAUCUAACCAAAAAAAUGUUGUUGAAACUUUGAAAUGCCCCAAAUUUAACUCUAUUCUUUCCAUCCAUUUUAUUACUAAUUAAUUUUAUGAAACAAUAUAGUCCAAGAAAGUGAGAAUAUUCUGUAGAAACAAACAUCACUGGGGAUAUUUUUUGCCCUACAUUAUUGGCUGCAAUUUUUCUUAAUGGUAAAGUUGUCAAUCUAGUUCCAUUGCCUACGCAUGUGUUCACAGAUGCCUUCAGUGCAGAUGAGUGCAAAUUUGAUGUGCAUUGUCUGAUUUAAGUUGGCGUUAACACUUUAAAUUGUUUAAUUUCACAGUGGCUUUGGCUUAUUCCUUGAAUUUAAUUUGAUUAGUUUUCAUUUCAAAGCAACAAAGGUGAUGUCAAAGCAGCUUACAACAAUAACGUAAUCUAUCCUAAUAAUUAGCAUGAUGGAACUGUAUUUUUCUCCAAUUGCAGAGACGUUCCACAGGCCGGCGCUCAUGUUCCCCGGGCCGGCACUCACGUUCCCUGGGCCGGCGCUCACGUUCCCCAGGCCGGCAUUCUCCAAGUCGACAUUCUGAGUCUUCAGUGGAACAGAAUUUACGGAUCACAGUUGGCAAUGACCGUUACGGCAUUGACACACCUGAGAGAAAGAGAAUAUCUGAUAGACUAGGCUCACCAGUUGAUAGUCUAAGUGAUUUGGACAGGUAUGCCUCUGAAGGAUAGCCUUUCAGAAUUACACCUUUUAGUUCUUGUAUCAUAGGUGAUAUAAAUGAUCACGAACUUGCUGUGAGAUGGUAUGGAAAUUGUAUUGGAUGGAAUAUAUCAAGAAUCCCACAUCUAAGAGAUGUUUUGCUUUCUUCACUUUUACGUCGUAUUGGUACUCCCAAGUAGUUGCCAAAACCCGGUGGUAGCUCUUAAACUAAAAUUGUGCAGUAAGAUUAGAUUCUGAAGAACUGCAUGCAUACAAGUACAGGAAUAAUAUGAAUGUAUGAUUGUUGUUGCUGUAAUGUUAACCAUGUUGUUGAUAGUGAUGAAAUAUAUUAUAAAUGCUCAUAAAUUAGAAAGGGAUAAAGUUGAAGAUAAAAAAACAUAAAUUAGGAAGUUAAACAGCUAGUUGGCUGAAGGCAACAUAAGAUUCUCACUAGAUCAACACUCUUGAGUUUUUAUGAGAAUUUAUUUCAGUGGUGAACUACUGUGGAUAAAGUUUUUAUGUUAGAAUCUUGUGAAGCAUAAUUUAUUUUUAUUUUUUAAUUAGCUCAUUUGACUGGAGGGGUACAUUUAAAUUUUGUUCUUCCCUGCUGUAUGGUGGUAGCAGUGCUGGUAAAGUUUUUCUGGGUACUUUAUUCCCAGUAUAUAUAAAUAAAUAGGAGAGUGUCUUUUAUGAAAUCUGAUGAAUACUUUUUCUCCUUCCUGUCAUGCUGGCUUUUGUGAAGGCAGACACUGCAUUAUUAAGAGUGGGAAAUGACUAAUUAUUUUACUUGCAUAUAGGGGAGGAAUCAUUUAGAGACAGUUAACCUAUAAUGUAAUCCUUCAGAGAAGUUUACAACAACGUUGAUUGCAGUGGCAGAAAAUAAAGUUGCUUUGAUCCAGGAAUUGUAAAUAAGCUUUGGAGAAGGAGUGGACCAUUUACAGUUUAGUGAGAUUGUAACCAUAAGAAAUUGCUGAGUGCUUGUUCACAUGUAGUGCUAUAUAGGAUGGGUGGGAAUUUAUUUAUGCGCCUCCUCUAUAUGUAGGACAUGUAGUGUGAAUUGUGGCCUGUUGGUGUAUGUUUGUGCACUCUUCACACCAAACAUCACUUUGGCAGGGCCUCGUUGGUAUGAAUAUUUAGUAAACACCCAGGACAAGCUUUCGGAAUACCACUCUUGCCGAAUGUAUACAAUAUUGCCCACAGAGUGGAAAACAAUAGAUUUAAAACAGCGUUCUUCUGCUAGCAUCAAUGAUAGUAUUACGAGAGGUUUUGAAAAUAUGUUUGCAUCUGAGGAGUGUGGUGCAUGCAGAUAAUUUCACACAACCUUUUCUGAAGAAGAAUGGUGGGAGAUGGGCAAAAAAGUACAAAGCUGGUUUUUAAUCAUUUUUCCUUAAUUGAAAUCAUGAGGAUUUUUAAUUGUUCAAUCUACAGUACUACCUGUUUUUUUCUGCUCACUUUAUUUUUAGUAGACUCUGAUCUAAGAGGUUAGCAAUAACAGCAAAUACGGAACUGAAAUAUUUGCUUUCUGAAACUGAAUCGAAGUUCAAGAGAGAAUUAAGCACCCAUUUAGUAAAUUUACUAAUUAGUGCUUCUUGGGGGAAUUACUAUUUCUAGGGUGAAACUGCUUUCAUUUGCUUUAUUUUUCUGAUAUUUCUUGUGAAACGGAAGAGUCUUUGAGACAUAAAAAGUAACAGCAAAGUCAUAAGAACAAGGAUGGCGUAAGUUGGACCUGUAGUUGAGUGCCCAUGCUUAGGGUGCUAGUUGUCUAUACUUGCUUUCAGGAUUUUCCUUCUGCCCAUGCCCCUUAACAGUGAGUCAGUAUUUGUUGUCUACAGCAGGGAUGUCCAACUCCCAAGAGACUGCGAUCUACUCACAGAAAAAAAAUAUGACCUUCUUUCAGGGUUCAGGUCAAAGUUGUUGAGCUUCUUUUGGGGAGGAAAGUCAAAGUUGUUGAGCUUUAUUUUGGGGGGAAAUGGAAAAAUCACUCACCAAAAGAUUGAUCAGGAAACAAAAAGCCUCACAGUGAAAACUCCGUCUUCUAUUCUAGCGAUCAUGCGCAAAUGGAGGCGCCGGGUCCAGGUCCUAUUUCCUCCCCCCCCCCCAAAGGAAAAAUCGACCAUGAUCAACUCAAACCUCAUGGGGAUCAACAAGUUGAUUGCGGUCGACCGGUUGGACAUCCCUGGUCUACAGGAUAUACUCAAUUGUCAUUUGGAUUCUUUUGCCUUAAGUCUUUUGUGUAAUUCUACAAAUCUUGAGGUUUUCCUGAGCCUGCUGACAAUUGCCUCAUGUGCAUCAGUGCUGCUCUUUUGACUUAAGUAAAUUUCUGUGCUGGAGAAUUGAAUUCACUUUCUGUAUAUAGGAUACUUGCACUGUCCAUUGUUUGUAGCUAGUUCAGAGUGGCAACUUAAUCUUGGUAACAAACAUAGUUUUGAUUGAAACUCUCUUCCAAUUGAUAUCCUGAUCCUAUGGACUUGUUUUAGGUGUAAUUGGGUCUAUAGUGGCUUAAGUGCUAUAGCUAAACCAGAGCACUGUGUUGGAUAACUGAGUUGAGUCCCAUUUGCCAUUAUCUACCUUAUUCUCCUGGGAACUAACUACCUUUUGGUUGCAGAUGUACACAAUACAUUGUGAAAGACCUUAGAAUGUAAUUCUGUAUUAUUUGCUCCUGUCAAAGUGGCAUUGCUGUUCUGUUUUAAAGUUCAUAUUUGAGGUUGGGACACUUUGGUCUGAUUAUUUGAGCAGUUUGUGUGAUGAGCUGCUCAUAAUGUCAAAGCACAAGAAAUCGGCAAAACCACAUUUCACUGUUCAUUCACAAAAUUACAUUACAUGCAUAUAUUAUAUAAACUUCACUGUUUUUCUUGAAAAAUCUUUGAACUGUUAAGGACAGUGAUAUUUUGUCUUCUAAAUGCUGGGUGCAUGGGGGGGAAUCUCAGAAAGCAGGUUUUGAAAAUACUAGCAGGGAAAAUGCUUAUGUUUUCUUCUAUAAUAUUGUCGCUGAUGAUGGAGGAAUCAUAAUAGCCAUGGUGUAAAAAUACUUCUAAGUAAUGUUAUGUUGCUCACUUCUCCUAUUUCCAUCCUGAUGAAGUUAUUGCUUCCCUGGAUGGUCAGUCAGACAUAAGAAUGAAUGAAUGAAUUGUAAUGUAUGUAGUCCAAACUUAAGUAAAACAAUUAAGGGGUGGGGGGGGUGUAUGUGUGUGUGUGUAUAUAUAUAUAUGUGUGUAUAUAUAUAUAUGUGUGUAUAUAUAUAUAUAUAUAUAUAUAUAUAUAUAUAUAUAUAUGAAUGAAAUAAUCUUACAAAAAUUACUAGCCUGCAGGUCAAAGGAGGGACAGAGCACUGUGUUUCUGUGCUGGGCCAAGAGGAGGAGGCUUUCCUCCUCUGGCAGCCUCUGGGUUUCUCUGUUGGGCUCAGAAGUAGCAGAACGCUCUGUCCCUCCUCUGCCAACCUACUCACUCAGCUGCAUGCAGCCCGUUGUUGCCUUUGGCUGCCAGGCUAAUGCUUAAAAGCUGUAUAAAAUAAAGAUACUUGGUUGGAUCCAGAGUUCUGUGGGCAAAAUUUCACUCAUGGAACAAGGUGCUCUCAGGUCUUGGCUCUCCUCUGUUUAUGUUGCAUGUCUCAUGGUCAUAAAUAUCAAGACCUCUAAAAUGAGUGGUGAAGGUAUUGCUUAAUAUGCAGCAUCUCCAGAACCAGCCAUCUUAGCUUCAAAGCAUGAAUCAUGCAUUUUACGCCUCUCUGAGUUCAGGGGAUGCUGUUCCAAGUUCCUGACUUUGUUGUAACUUAUGUGCCUCUCUUAUCAGGGAUGACUUGGCCGAUGGUCCAAUAUUUAGCAGAGGCCUUUCACGUCCUCGAAGCCUUGAGCGAUAUCCCUCCUGUGAGGAAAAUGCUUCUAGUCCUUUCAGUAUGAGACAUAAUGAGGACUCUCACAGUAGGGAUGUUUUCCUCCACCAAUCAGACUAUAGCAUGAACUAUGACCAUCUACAGGCUCUACCAAGGGAAACUGAUAGGGAUGGUGUACUACUUAGGAAGUCCUCGUAUUCAUCAGAGGAUAGAGGGCGAGAGCCCAAACGUCCUCGAUAUGACAGAGACGACAGACUAAUUGAUAUGAGCAUAGAGCCUCAGGGUUUCCUGCCAGGGACACGAAACUAUCGUAAACGAAGUCCUAGUAGGAGCCCAAGCCCACCAUAUCUGGAUUUCCGCGAGCUUGAAAGUGCUAGGAGAAAAAGAGAAGAGGAGCUGAGCAGAAAUUUGAGUCGAGAAUUGCCUGGACAUGGUUAUAUGAUCCCUGACAGGAGCAACCCACUGCAGUCUUCUGAACCUCGGUAUCUCUAUAGACCGGAUGAAGCACCAGCAAUGCCCAAAAAGUCCAUCUUGAAGAAACGCGUGGACGAUCCUUCUGUGCAGGUUUGGCCUAUAUUUUUUUCUCUCCUUACUAAACUGUCAGUUACACUUUGCUGCUUUUUAGUAAAUCUUAUUUUACUUAAUCUCUGGAGUAGAUACCCUCAGAACAAUACCCAGGUCACCCUUGCUGUUGUGGAAUCUUAAAUGUCAAAAUAACAGCAUAUUUAGGAACUGCUGUGUCUCUUUCACACCUUCCUACGGUUGACUGUUACUGUUCUAAACCACUGGCUACGAUCCUGGUGUAUCAAAGUUUUGUCUGUUUUAUUGGUUAUCACUGAAUGUAUUCACAAAUGACAAUUAUUUCUUUUUUCUUUUAGCCUGAAGUCUUUUCCAGCAGUUCUGCCUCUGUCAAAGAGCCUCCCCUUAUUACAGAUCAUCCUCCUUCGCAGAAGCGUAGCAGCAUUACUCCUUUUUCAUCUGAGGUGGAGAAUUUCCUUAAACAGUUCAACAAAAGUGCAGUUGCAGAAUCUACGAAUAAAGAGUCUCAAGGGAGUGUGCAUAAUUGGAAACUAAAUUCUGGCCAACAGCAAAACACUUCCCCCUUUGAACAGAAUUUCGGCAGUUUUUUGAAACAGAAAGACUAUCAUGAGUCCAUAUCAGAGCCUGAAGACCGGCACAAUGACUUCUUACUUCCUCAUGAAAGAGCCAGCCAGGAUGGGAGUGGCUUUUCACGCAUUCUUGGUAUGAUGGCAGAUUCUACCAGUGCUCAGGAAAAGAGAAGGCGUGGCUUUCCUGACAUUGAGGAUGAAGAGAAGUUUCUUUAUGGCGAUGAUGAAGAUGACUCUAGCAUUAAUUCCCCUGCUACUCUAAAGCCAACACUUAGUGUUGUUAAAGAACCUGAAAGCCUGAAAGAAAGUUCUCCACCUCCUGCUAAUCCCUCUGUAAAACCUGGAAAAUCCAGACCAGAGUAUGAGAAAAUUCAUGACUUGCUCAAAACUAUUGGUCUUGACAUUGGGGUAGCUGAAAUUGGUAAGCUUGCUGCCCGCACUCAGGAACGACUCCAUGGGAAGAAAGCAUCUCGUUCUCCUGAUCGUCAUUCAAUAACGUCUCAUAAAUUGGAAUCUAGGGAGAGGCGUCGCAGUCGUAGUGACACUCAUUCUCCAGAAUCAAGGCAGCAUCACUCUCUCUCCCCCUCUGGUUCUUUCCCACCAUCUAAAGAUAUACCUUCUAUUUCAAAUUCUGAGCACACAGAAAGCAUAACUGUAGGGCAAAAUAAUCCCACUCCCAUACCAGAACAGUCUGUUCCCCCAAUAUCUCUAAUGCCAUCGGCUCCACCUCUUCCUAAUUUGUCUUCUACUUCCACUUCGGUUUCCCAGUAUAGAGUUUCUCGCUUUUCACCAUUCACUGCAACUCAACUGCCACAAAACUAUCCAUCUCCCACAAUGCCCCCUCCUGGUUAUGAUGCAUAUGGACACUAUAUGGCAUAUGCAGCAUCUGGCUGGCCCAUGUAUGCUGCUCCUCAGCAGGCUGACCCCACACUUUCAGAUGUACAUGGGCUUGUCACACUGACAGUACCAUCAAAUCCCACGCGACCCAACCUCCGAGUUAUUGAGACGGUUUCCACAGGCAAAGGGACUCCCGAUACCAAGAGAGAUGACUCUGUGCUUGUACAAAUCCCUAGUGCUACGACUUACUCAAAAUUAUCCCCUCAGUUUUCUCAGCCUUUUCUUAAAAGUGUUAAAGAAAGAAUAUCCGAUGAAAGAAAUCGGGCUUCUCAGAAGCUAAAGGUGAGUAUUUUUAAUGAUGUUGAUAAUUUUGUUUCUUACAACACACAAUCUAAAGGCAUAAGAAUGCUGAGUAUCUGUGUUUAUUUUUCAAUCUUGAUUGCUAUUUUUGGAAUAGAAUGUGCCUCCAGUGUUUAAAAAUAUUUGACUGUUCAAUAAUCUGUGGCAGGAGAUGCCUUAUAAACACUUGAAACAAGGACACAUCUUAUUACUGAGUUGAGUUUCUUAGUGUGUUUCAAGUAGCAUUUAAAAUUCUUGAAACAAAGUGAAACAGAUUACAGUCCUGUGAAAUAUCCCAAAUUAGCAAAUCUCUUUUAGGUUUUCUUUUUAUAUUCAGUUGCAUUUGUGCAUUUGUUGUCUUCAUUUAGGAGUGAAGAGAAACAUCUACUAAAUAAUAAGAUUCUAGAAUAGUAACUAGUACAAGACUAAAUUCACCAGGAAAACAGGCAAAUAUUUCCAAAAAUGGAUGCUUAAUAUUAUUACAUUGCAGUAGAUUAUGGCUACGUUCCAACAGUUAGUAUGUGCUGCAGCCCAUUGAUUUUAGUGGGCUUAAGCGUGCUUAAUUUUAAUUAAACAUCCAGUUGUGUCCCUCCUUUGACAGAACAUUCUUUCAGACUGGAGGCUUCUGUGAGCAGGAAGGGGUGUGUAUGAUUCUUUUUUUAUAACAUUUUCCAUCUGCAGCCCCAUCGCUCAUUUCAAAGAACUUCCUCUGUAGUUGAGAGAAAAGCAAAAGUUACUUAAUUAUUAAACUUUUAUUUUGAUUGAAAAAUCAACAUAGAUACAGCAUAGAAUAAAUGAGCUGCAACCUCUGAGCAGAGAUGCAUUUGCAUCAGAUACUAAUCCACAAGGCUACUUUAACAUGAUUAUUGGAAUUUCUCAAAUUCAAGAAAAAGCAGUGGGAGUCAUCCCAGUAGUCUUUGCAGUAUUUCUUUGACUGGUCCAUGAAAGAGGGUAUUUUUAUACCUUUGUUUCCUUCAUUAACUUUCUAGGUAAUGGAGGAAAGAGAGAAGUUGAGGUCUGAACAGGAAGCACGACAGAAGAAACUGCACUAUCUCAAGACUGAAUUAGAACGACUUUCAAAACAGCAAGGUACUGCUUUCUCUCAUUUUAUGCCUCAUUUUUCCCUGUGAUGCUCUAUAGUGGUGAUACCAAGUGUAGGAUUAUUUUUACUUCUACUAAUUUAGGCACCCCUACAUAUUAUCCUAAACAGGAAUUAAUUAUUGUGGAUCCUGUAUUGAUUAUUGCCAGUUCUGCAUUCAGUAAUGUGGACAGAACUUUCUGGCAUUUGGGCCCAACAGAAUGGUGUGGGACACCUUUAGGUACACAAAAUAAUUUUGCAUGUGUUAACAUGAUUUUCUUAUGCUUCCUACUCCACUACUUUGACCGACUCAGGGGAGAUGCUGCGGAAGAAACGUAGGGAGAAGGAUGGACACAAAGACCCUUUGCUAAUAGAAGUGAACAAACUACAGGAGAACAUUAUGAACGAGAUUUCUCAGCUGAAGUUACAUGCAGAGGCUGCAGAGAAGAAACAGUCUGAGCUUGACAAAGUAGCUCAGAUCCUGGGUAUUAAUAUAUUUGAGAAGUCCCGGAAGCAAUCUUCAGAAAAUAAGGACUCAUCAGAAAAAAACAAGUCAGAAAAUGCAAAAGGUCAGGAGAGAACUUCCAACUCAGUCAAGGUAAAAUUCUAAGUGCUGAUUCUAACUGAUGUUCUCACUUUUGGUAAAAACAGGGUGUUUGGAAGAAUUUCUUGCCACCUGCUUCUUACAUAUUAAGUUCAAACUUUGUUAAGCUGUCACUUGUGUUUGACAUAAUUUUUAUUUAUUAUUAGUAUCCUGACUUUGGGGGUCACACAUUCUUACCAUGUGACUUAAAAGUAACAUUAAAUUCGUAAAAAAUACAAUAAACAAUAUCAACAAAAAUAAUAAUAAUCAAGAUCCUUCCCACAGGGAAGUUGGUGAUAGAAAGGCCUAAGACAGGGAGGUAAUAGUCUUUCCUGAAUCCUUUCCACUGGUCCAGGAGUGGAGGGAAUGAUUUUAAGAGGAGGCUGGUGUUAGAAUAAUCUGAUGGCAUUCUGCAGAGUAGAAAAAAACCAGAAUGUUUAUGCACAACAGUUAUCAGGUAGUUUCUGAAGGACCAUGAAUGUUGAUUAUUUCAUGGAGCUUGUAAUUUUAAUUUCAAAUAGCUUUCUGUGUGGUCCAGUUUUGAAAAACUUACAUAAAUUGAAUUAAUAGAAAUUGCUAAAAACACAACACCCAUAAUAUAAUGUUGAUUUUUUUUCUCCCCUUCAGCCUGAGGAAGUGCAUAAAGAGAGAAGUCUAUGUGGUGCUGAAUAUGAUUCAUUCCUGUUUUUUUCUGUCUUAAAUAAUGCUAUGAUUACCUUUUGACUUGCUAUGAUUACCUUUUGACUUGAAAUUCUCUACCUCAGGCAGAUUUUUAUGCUCCUGCAAUAGCCUUCAUUUUCUUUAAUAAACAUUUAAAAGGGAAGAAAUCAUUGUGGCAUUUUCUGGUUUGAUGUAAAGAAUCUGAUAAUUAUUCGGGAAGGAGACAUGCAUGUUUUUUCUUGUUGAUCACAAGUGUGGAGUGACACAGUCUCUGCAAAAAUGACAGAAAAACCCCCAAGAAAAUUGAGUGGGAAUGCAAUUCUAAUUUGGGUUGCCUUCCAAAACCUAACAGCCUGCUUGCAUCAGGAUGGAUUUUCCCUUCUGCUACUCAUUAACUUGGAAACUAUGAGAGAGAAAUUUCCUAGCUCUUCUGAAAGUGAAACACUAUGGAAAACACUGGAUAUGUGAUCUCCUUAAGUCUGCUUUGCCGACUAGACCCUGCUUGUAGGCUUCCCACAGACAGAAUGCUAGACUAGAUGGGCUUCAUCCCAGCAUAGCUGCUCUUAUAAUCAUAUAAAGACAAAUCAGUUGUUAGAGCUCACAGCCCAUUAUUUGUGGGAGCAAGCAGAUCAGUGGAAGAGGAGGGGGAUGUCUAUAUAAUGCCAAAACAUUCUUUAUGAUUCUCAAAGAAGGGAGCUAGAGGAUAUGAGCACACAACAUUAAACAUAAUGCUUUUCUUCACUGACUGACAAACAUUUUUGGAAGAAAAAACUACAGUAUCUUGAUUGGAAUACAAGGGUCUUACGUUGGUACUCUGGUCUCCUGAUCCAGUCAGUUCUUACAAUAGGUUGGAAGAGUAAUUUAUGUUUCCCCUGCAACUCUUUACAACUCGUUUAGGGAGGCUUUCCUAGGGAUGUGGACUUUUAAAUAGUUUUAUCACGUAUAUUAUACUCUAGGGGAUCAAAGAGUCAAACAGCAUGACAUAAUAGACACCAUUUCUCAUGUAUGUUAAAUGCAAUAGCAGAGUCAGUAAUUCAAGAUUUGAGACAGACCAGAUUCUUCUGCUGCAAGCUUUCUUCAUUGACAGCUUAGAGCCUGAGCACUUGUGUUUUGCCACAAUAUAGAGUGCAUCAUAUAAAGUAGUUGCAGGUAGGUAGCCGUGUUGGUCUGCCAUAGUCGAAACAAAACAAAACAAAUAAAUAAAUAAAUAAAUUCCUUCCAGUAGCACCUUAGAGACCAACUAGGUUGGUUAUUGGUAUGAGCUUUCGUGUAUCUGAAGAAAUGUGUGUUUAUUUUAUUUCGUUUCAUAUAGAGAGAGUAUGCAAAGUGACUGGCUUUUUCAAAGACUUUUAAGUGUUUUUGAGAAUUUACAAAUUCAUUGGGAGUUGCUGGGUGUUUUGUACUUAAGUAUUUUGUACUUAAGUAUGCAUACUGCACACAUGCACCGUGUACUCCAUGGGAUGUCAUCCCUUGAUUGCUUAGUACCUGCAACCUUGGCAACAUGCUUGAGUCUCGUUGGAAGUUCUUUCCUGUUGACUGAACAACAUCUGAGUCGGCAGUGCCUGCUCACUGAAAUGGUGGAAUUAUCCUGGGCAUUGACAAGCAGGUGAUAUAUAGUUACAUAUAUGUAUAUUUUGUGUGGUUUCUACUAAAGGCUAGUUUUGAGGCACUGGCUGUCAUUCCACAGUUAGUAAUAUUUCAUUUUUUUCCAAUUUAGGAUUUAAAAACUAAUGACAAACCUGGGUGCAGGAGCCCCAAGUCUACAGAACCUCAUUUUCAGCCAUCCAAACAGCAUUCCCAGGAAACCAAUAUUUAUGACUAUUAUGACACGGGAAACCACUGGUGCAAGGACUGCAAUACCAUCUGUGGGACCAUGUUUGAUUUCUUCACACAUAUGCAUAAUAAGAAGCACAGGCAGGUGUGUGCUAUCAGGUUUUCAUUAAGUAGUUUUAAUUUGCUCUUCCAAGUUGUAAAAUAAUGUUUUGUAGAAAGCAAAGAACUACAUGCCAAUCAACUUUCCUUUUAGAAAAUACAGUUUGGAAUAAGUUCUUAUUCCUAAUCUUUUUGGUAUGGUUUGUCACUUACUAUAUUUUUCCACGUAUAAGACGCCCUCUGUUUUUUUGAACCCAAAAUUAAGAUACCAAUAUUUUAAACAUCAAACAGAACAACUUUUAUAUUUUCUUACAUAUUCAAUGUCUGAGGGUAACUAUUUGAAUCCCAGCUUCAUUUUGAGUGUCAAUAUGUGAGACAGUUCAGUACACGCCCAUUUGGUAUGUAUAGUUCUGUUUUUCCUCAGUGCUUUUAGCAUUCGGCAGGAAAGCAGACCUCAUUUUAAUAUUUCUUUUGUCAUUGUAAAUAGACCUUGGAUCCAUAUAACAGACCUUGGGAUUUGAAGACUCAAACUGAAACAAAGCAAGACCUUACAAAACGCAUUGACAAGAUACCAGUUCCUGCUAAAGGUAAGUUGCUUUUUAUAGUUUAAGUGGUGUUUAGGAGGGCCAGAUUGUUCACCUUACUGCCAAGAAAUGUUUUGUCUUAUUAGUGUCAACAAAAGACUGUCACUUCCAAGUAAAUGUCUGUCAGCUAUUUUGUUUGCAUGAAUUGCUCUGUUACUGAAUUAGUGGGGGAUUGAAAUGCAACAUAAAUUUGUAUUUGAAUGAUAAACAAAGUAUACAGUGAUAAGAAUUGUUGAACAAGUGUAGGUUUCCAUUCUUCAGAUCAGUUUGUUUCAAGUGGAAUCCAUGGUUAACUGGCUCAUUUCAAUUGUAGGGCUUUUUGUGUACUUUUAGUGUUUUGUUUGAAUUUUUUGUUGUUCAAAUCUGUAGUGUGUCUUAUUAUCUUAUUUCUGUAAUUGAUUGUUUUGGGCGGCAUUUCAGGUUCUGAAUUUCUAAUCCCGGUCACUGGAUAUUACUGUCAGCUGUGCCAAGAAUUUUUUGGAGAUCAGAUAUCAGCAGAACAACAUGUGAAAAAUAAUCCACAUAACGAGAAAUAUAAGGUACCUGGAGUAUUUGUUUUGAAUAAAAAUGUUUAAAAGACAUCUUAUUGAAGUCUUAAAGUCUUCUGUUGUAAAAGGGAGGAGAAGCUAUAGCUAAGUGGCAUGACAUAUACUUAAUAUGCAAAAGCUUCUGAAUUCUGUCCCUGGCAUCUCCAGGUAGAGCUGGGAAGGACUUUUAAUCUUUCAGAGUCACUGUAGAUAAUAUUGUUGGACUGUGUUCCCAGUUGACACUUUGGUUGUGUGUUACUGAAAUUUUACUGUACUAGAUUUGUUUUAUGCUGCAGUUUUGUCACCUCAUUGGAAUAAAGCUUUUCUCAUAUUACUUUAUAUAUAAAAGUGUAGAGUUGGAAGGGACAACAAGGGCCAUCUAGUUCAGCCCCCUGCAACGCAGGAAUCUUUUGCCCAGUGGGGCUCGAACCUAUGAACCUGAGAGUGUCUCAUGCUAUACCAACUGAGCUUUGCUAAUGUAGAUAUUCCGAUUAAUAAUUGUCUAGUAAAACCACUCUUUCUCCUCCCUCUUGCAUUUCUAAGCAAGUACAAUUAGUAGUGGGGUGGUGAUGUGGAAGAUAAAAUAUUAAGGAAGACAAACCUGUACCACUACUGAAAUUUCACAUUAAGUAACAGUGCUGAAACUUUUCCUUGUCCUCACAGAAAUAUGUGGAUGAAAAUCCACUCUAUGAAGAGAGAAGGAACAUUGACCGUCAGGCAGGAUUGUCUGUGAUUCAAGAAACAGAACGCCGGUUGAAACGGAAGCUGUGUGAAAAGCAAAAAGAAGAGAGAGAUGAAAAAGCAGUGAAAGUGGCAAGGAAAGAGGAACGAAAAAGUAAAGAGGAACCAAAGAAUUCCAAAGAACUAGGAGAUGGGGAUAAUGAAAAUGAGUCUAAUAAAAGGAAAGGAGUUUCUAAUGGCCAGAAAUGUGGGGUUAAGCUUAAAUUGAAAAAAGAUGACAAAGAGGUUGAAAAGAAGGAAGGGAAAAAAGAGGAACCACCAAAGGAGUCAAGAAUGACAUCUUUUGGAAAGUUCAGCUGGAGGAAGACUGAGAGAGAUGAAAAAAAUCAAGGCAAAGAUGUAACUGCCUCUAAGGAGGAGAGCUUUGAGGAAAGUAAAGAUAAAGAAAGCAAGUCACAAUCUGGAAAACCAAAUUCAAAGCCAAUUGCAAUUAAAUUGUCUGGGAAAACUGUUAUCCCACACACUAGUCCCUGGACACCAGUUGUUUCGACAUCAUCACAAGCAAAAAUCAGGCCCAAUUUACCAGCCCCCAUGAUGGUUCUCAGAAAGUCUGCAACAGCAACAGUAAGCAAGCCUGCACCUUUGAAUACUUUCUUGUCCAUAAAAUCCUCUGGUGCCAGCACCAAGCCACUUCCUGUUGUAAAAGAGGGUAAUCCAGAACUUGUUCUACCUCCUGAUAUUAUUUCGAAAGCAUUUGGGGGAGAAGUAGUAGUUUUAAAGGGUUCACAGGAGAAUGCAACGGUACCAGAACAAACAGAGGAACCUGAUCAUGAAGCUGUGUCCCGGGCUGUAGAACAUGCAAAAGCUGCGGAACAUGCAAAGGCGACUGCAGCAAUAGCACAGGAACAAGCAGCAAAGGCACAGGAGCAAGCAAAUGUUGUGGCAAAAGCACAAGCAAAGGCACGGGAACUUGCUGCUGUGAUAAAGGAGCAAAUUACAAGAUUGGGUAUUUUUGAGAGACCUAAUCGGCGUCCUCCUCUACUGCCAUCAGGACCACCGCUGUCAGUAGCACUGCCAGUACCACCAGCAAUGGCAUUCCCACCUCCGCCCGCAGUGCCACCCAAACAAGCAACCAUCCUUGCAGAUGACAUGGCUCCUGGUGUGUCUGAGGAUGAUAAAAACAUACUGGCAGUGCCCAUGUGUCCCCAUCCUUUGCCACCACCAACUAUUUUCAGAGACCAUGUUAAAAAACUGGAGAAAAAGAACUCUUGCCUAGCAGCAGGUAAUGCCAAAGAUCUAUACGAUAUUUUCUACAACCGCAGUGGGAGGAGUCCAGCUGAUAGCAAGUCUGUGAACUCUGCAACUUCAGAUAAAAUUAAAUCAAAUCCUGCUGAGAGACAGAAAAAAACAGACCAGCUGGCAGAUCCCAAACCAAGCAGCAAGCCUGUCACACAAGAAACUCUACAAAACAUACACAGUUCCUCAGAUGUUAGCAAAAUCCCUUUAAAUGACAAGACCCCAGAAACAGAUGAUGCUGAAGUUGAGAAACUUUUGGCAGCCUAUGAAGAAAACUUUAAAACUGGUGUUGAGAGGGAAUCAAAGAAAAUCUCUCUUUCAGAUGCACAGUCAAUAUUAAAAUAUGAAUCCAAUGAUUUUUCAGUAAAUGCCCCUGAGACAACAGAUUUUAAAUCUGAUGAUGAUAAAGAAUUAGCAGUGCAGUUGUCAGUAGAUUGUGUUUCUCUUUUAGAAGAUGUUAGCAAGAAACCAUCUGAACUUGAAACAAUAGAGUUAGCUAUGCAGUUGCCAGAAAGCAAUGCUUCUCCUUUGGAAGAACUCUACAAGAAUUCCUCAGUAUGUGAGGCAGCAGAGGUUAAAUCUCAUGAUGAUGAUGAAUUAACAAUGCAGUUAUCCCUGAAACCUGGUACUAAGAAGCCAUCAGAGCUGGGGACAGCAGAAUUUGUGCUGCAGUUGCCAGAAAGUAGUGUUCCUUCUUUGGAUGACUUUAGCAACAAACCCGCUGAUCUUGUGACAACAGAUUUUAAAUCUGAUGAUGAUAAAGAAUUGGCAAUGAAAUUGUCAGCAAACCAUGUUGAUCUCUUAGAAGAUGUUAGCAAGAAGCCAUCAGAGCUGGAGACUGCAGAAUUAGCCAUGCAGUUGCCAGAAAGCAAUGCUUCUCCUUUGGAAGAACUUCACAAGAAUCCAUCUGUGUGUGAGGAAGCAGUGUUUAAAUCUCUUGAUGAUAAAGAAUCAGCAAUGCAGUUGUCACAGGAACAUGAUAAUAAGAAGUCAUCAGACCUGGAGACAGCAGAAUUUGCUAUGCGGUUGCCAGAGAGCAGUGUUCCUCCUUUGGAUGAUGUUACCAACAAGCCCACAGGCCUUAAGACAACAGACGUUAAAUCUCCCGACGAUAAAGAACUUACAGUGCAGUUGUCAGAAAGCAGUGUUUUUCCUUUGGAUGAUUUUAGCAACAAACCUGCAGACUUUGAGACAACAGACUUUAAAUUUCCAGAUGAUAAGGAAUUAGGCUUACAUAUGUCAGAAGACCAUGUUGCUCUUUUAAAAGAGCACGAUGUUAGCAAGAAACGAUCUGAAUUUAAGACAGCAGGAUUAGCCAUGCAGUUGCCAGAAAGCAAUACUUCUUUGGAAGAAUUUUGCCAGAAUUCAUUGGAGUGCAGGGCAGCAGAGUAUAAAUCUCCUGAUGAUAAAGAAUUAGCACUGCAAUUGUCAGAAGACCAAGAGGCUCUUCUAAAAGAUGUUAGCAAUAAACCUCUGGGGCAUGAGAUGGCAGAGUUUAAAUUUCCUGGUAAGAAAGAGUUAAUAAUGCAAAUGGCAGAAAAUGAGACUGACUUUACUGCUGAAGAUGUUGGUGUGGCAAGUGGCACAGACAUCAGCGACGAGUUACAAGACCAGCAGAAAAUGGAUAAAUCCAAAUUAAACAAGAUCAGUAAAAGUUUGGAGAUGAAAGCAUAUUUGACAAGUUUAGGUGAGAGAGAUGUAGGAGGAGAACAUACAGAAUUUGCAGGACAUCAGUUUGUUGUUAGUCAGGAGCAUGAGUCUCGGUUAUUUGAAACACAAAUUGAUACCCCUAAGGGAGAAGGCCAUACUAUAACAGAAGAUAAGCAACUUGAUGACAGCUCUGAAUCAACAAUUUCUAUGUGGGUUUCAGAGGUGCGUGUUCAGAGACCACUGGCAUGGGAGCCAGCCUCAUCUUCAAAAGUGAAUAAGGAAAAUCCUCAAAUAGCAAUGAUAGAUCAGAGUUCCAAUAAAGAACCAUUAUUGGAUCUAAAAUGGGGCAAUGUGGGCCUUGAUAGGCUUGAAUCAGCAGUCAGUGAUGAAAGUCCGCAGACUUCAGAGGUCCAGAACAUAGAUCCUGGAUUGAAGCCUUUAAAUACAGAUGAAUUUAAUAAUUCCUGUAUAAAUAAUGAACAAAAAUUGUUGACUAGUUCUCAACCAAACGAUGAUGAAAAUUGUAAUGUAGUUGGUGUUCCAGUAUCAGAAGAGAUGUCAAAUGAGUGCCUUGUUAACGUAACAAUGAUAAGCAGUACACUAGGGAAACAUGAAGAAAUUAGUCAACAUCCAUUAAGCUGUGAAACCAAGGAUUCCCAAGCUAAGGGAGCUGAAACUUUGGGCAGUAUGUCUUCUGCAAAUGAUGAACUUCAUUCCAGUGCAGAAUUAAUGUUUAUAAAAAAUAAUGGGUGUGGGCCUUCUGAAUCUGAUCUCAGUUUAAAUGACAAUGCAGAGAGAGGUUCUGUAGAAACAUAUAGCACUCACUUUUCCAGUGUUCAGCCAGAGAUGGUUCAAGAACCACUAGGUGCUCUUCCAACAGAAAUCAGUGUUGAGCAUCUUGGAGAGGUAGCCCUUACAUUCACAGACAUGAACACUGGGAUCUUGGAUACCUCAGCAGCUGGUGACUUGGACUUGAAUAGCACUUAUUCAGAACUUAACUUUGAUCAUUCUACAACCCCUUCUCCAAAGUCUGGAGAAAUAAAGCCUAAUGAUUCUCCUAGAUUGAAACCAAGCCUGGAAAUAGAAACCAUUAAUUUUAGUCUGGGAGAUAUUGAGGUAGAACGUGAACAUCUGGGCAUCCUACCAUCUGAAAUUCUGAAUGAGGAUAUUGUAGGGAGUCCAAAGUUAGAAACCAUUUCAUCCAUUUCUUUAGGGUCCAACAAAACUAGAGAAUUGGGCAUUGAGCAACCUACAAUUGAACCAGAAAUGAUUGCUUUUGUUGAGUUAGCAUCUGGUGAGGAAGAGGAUAAAUUUUGCUCCUUGGUUUCUGAUGUAAUUGUCCCAAACAUAGUGUCUCCUGCAUCAAAUGGUAGCACUGCUGGACCAAGCAUGUCACUCAUCGAAAUGCAGGACAUGCCUCCAAUUUCCAUGGUAUUGCAAUCAGAUGUUAGCAGAGACAGCACUUCUGAUAUGCCACCACUGAGUAGCGACAAAAAAAAUGUGCAAUGCCAAGCAACUGAGUGCAAGGAAUCCUUCCUUCUAGAUCUACAGAAAACAUCUGUAGAAGUGGGGGGCUCAGGUGACAACGAAUUGUACAUUGUCAAGAAUGAGAUGCAGGCAUCUGCAAGGGAGUUAAACAAGACAGAUGAAGUGGAAAAUAAUGAUAGUAGAUAUGAGAUUAACAGUAAGUUGACUUCAGAAGUAACUGAAAGCUCUGCAGAGUACCUGGUAAGUUCAGAUAAUAUUGAUCCUGAUGUUUGAGUAGCUGUUGUGUAGAUUUUGUAAAUACUCUGUUUGAGUUUGAUAUGUUAGAUAUUUUGAAGUAGAUAUUUGCUAAAGCCUGAACUUCAUUUGCCCUGAAAGAUAUACACCAUUGUACAUAUUGGAUUGUAUAAACAUUUUUUUGUUGAACUUAGAACAUUUCAUUUCUAUUUCUUGCAGUUAAAAUGCAAUUACUCAUCUAUAACUGACCUUCACAUAUAAUACAGAACCAUGGUUUAGCAUUAUCAGAAUGCGUAACAGUGAACCUUUAGCUUGUACACUUCAUUUUACCUCUCCUGGUGUGACUGUGAGGAAAUUGAACGUUGCAUUAAUCACAGUUUCACAUGAUGUCUGAAACACAAACUGUGGUUAAUCUUAAGCUUCAUAAAUUAUGAUAUGAACUUGGCUUGUUUCCACCAACCAUAGGACUAGCUGCAUUUUCUCUGGAUAUGGACAGCAAGACAAGCUAAGCUACAGUUGGUCUAAAAUGGAAGUGAAAGUUUCCAAAUGUCAUGACUGUACUGGAGGAAAAAGGUGGUAGCAAGUGAGCUCACGGCUUGCUGCAGAUUUUCCUUGUAAUGCUUAAACAGUAGUUCGGCAUUUUGUGGGAAUGCAGCCAGUGUGUAUGUGGGCCUUUGGAGGGUUUCUUGCUGUUGGGGCAUAUAUGGGUUUUGUGGGGGUUUUUGCAUUUUUCUUUGACUAUUUUAAUGGUUUCUGAUUUACACAGCUUUUGUAA